UCAUAACAGCCAUUUGGUGAGGUGAGAUCAGUGGAAGUCCUAAGUUCUAAAUUCUGCAGAUACCAUGAUUUCUGUCCGCUCUGUCCUGUUCACUCUGGUACUGUUCUCCGAACUGAGCGGCAACAUGGUCACUGUAGCCAUGCCUGCAGCUAAACUAGAAGUUGGUGAGACAGAACAAGAAGGCCUGGAUUUGAUCCGGGGUGACGAGCCCAUGGUUGAGCCUGUUGUGUUUCCUCCAGUGUACCGAAGGAGCCUUUUGCUGGACAAUACCAUCAGAGAUGAAGACGAGAGCCCUAAAGCCCUCAUCAUCUCGGACACGAGGCUGAAAGGGCACAGUGUUCGUGGGCUGACCCCGGCCUUCACCCGGAGCUCGAUCCACACUCCUGCUGAGUACAGUUUGAAAAUAGAUCGAAGGGACACCGACCUUGACGUGCUGCGAUGUAUGAUAGGAAGAGUGUACCGACCCUGCUGGGAAGCAUAAGUGUUUCUCUUAUGCUGCCACCCAUCAAUGGAUGCGAUGUAAAAAAUUCCCUCCUAGUGCAUUGCCUUGUAGAGACAAAAUAAAAGUUUAUUAAAAAUGAA